CUUCCUUCCACUUCAUUUCAGCUAACCAAGUACACUUACAGCCCCUUUCUUACCCCUAGGUCAAAGGGGCUAUUUUUCCUCAAGACAAAAAACAAACCUUGUGGAAAUUUAACAAGCAGAAUCUUAAAAGCGUUAAAAUGGAUCGGCAUCCUGAAAACAGGGCUUGAGAUUCUGGAUGUAUCCGUCGGUCAUGCAGAUUCCAUGUGAAUCAACAAGUAAAUGAGUGGAGCACAGCAACACUGAAACUUUCUGGACAGGAACGCCAAGACUUGCGGCAGCACACCAGACGAGCAGAAAACUUUUCGGAGGAGAUAUCUGCUUUUGCAGAGGUGCCCGAUCGAGACGCUCGUAUGGAUUUCGAAGGAUGACUUUUUACUUGCUCGGUCUUUCAAAGCGCGUAGAUUCCAAACUACCUCCUAAAGAAGAACACCGAGGCACAACUCCGUAUGUUGUCUAAACUAGUAAAUACAAGAUUAAGGUGUUAGAAAGUCAUAGCUAGGCCUUCAUUGGUAUUCAUUUUGUGGUUUAAAAUGAUCGUGUGUGGAAUUUUGAAUCUGUAGGUUUGGGAUACCGAUUUUUGGAGCUUUUCAAUACGGAUCAUAACAUUUCGAGAACUCCAUAUAAAAGUUCGGAUUGCCUCAUUUCAAAAUGCCACAGCUUAAUGGUGGUGGAGGAGAUGAUCUCGGGGCAAAUGACGAACUUAUAUCAUUUAAAGACGAGGGCGAACAGGAGGAGAAAAUAUCUGAAAAUGUAUCGUCGGAGAGGGACUUGGACGACGUGAAGUCCUCUCUUGUGAAUGAGUCAGAAAACACCAGCAGCUCAUCUGAUUCCGAGCAAACGGACAGGCGCCCACUGCCCAGACCGGAGCUAGAAAGUUACGAGAAACACAGAGAGUACUUGGCAGAAGCUUUGAGAAGACAGCAAGAUGGAGGCUUUUUUAAGGGCCACCCUUACCAUGGCUAUCCGUUUUUAAUGAUCCCAGACCUCACCAAUCCAUACAUUUCCAACGGAUCCCUGUCACCAAGUGCAAGGACGUACCUGCAAAUGAAAUGGCCUCUCCUCGAUGUCCCCGGAGCAGCUGCCCUCAAAGACGCCAGGUCUCCAACCCCAGGGCACUUAGUAAGUAUCCUCUACCCUGCCGCUGCCGCCACGGCUGGUCAAGGCCUGCAAAAUAGACCCGGAAGAUUCCAGAAUGGCCCCUCAGGUGACCUGAGGGCUGAUGAGGGAAUCCAAUUUAGGGGUUUCAUUACAAUGAAUGCUGACCUAACAGUAACCAGCAGCCUGCACCCAAGUCACAAAGUAUUUCCACGGACGCCCCAUCCGUCUGAACUCUCCCCAUAUUACCCCCUCCCGGGGGCAGUGGGGCAGAUUCCUCACCCCUUGGGCUGGCUGGUUCCUCAACAAGGCCAACAUAUGUACUCCAUCCCCCCAGGAGGCUUCAGACACCCGUACCCAGCUCUGGCCAUGAAUGCCUCCAUGUCUAGCCUGGUGUCCAGCCGCUUCUCUCCCCACAUGGUGCCCCACCCGUCCCACGGCCUGCACCAGACGGGCAUCCCGCACCCAGCCAUAGUCUCGCCCGCCCUAUCAAACAAGAGCACCACGGCGAGGGCGGCAGCAGUUCCAUGCACGGGUAUGAAAUCUUCUGUACCCGUCAAGAAGGAAGAAGAUAAGAGGCCACAUAUCAAAAAGCCCUUAAAUGCCUUCAUGCUCUACAUGAAAGAGAUGAGGGCCAAAGUGGUGGCGGAGUGUACACUUAAGGAGAGUGCGGCCAUCAAUCAGAUACUGGGCAGAAGGUGGCACUCCCUGUCUCGUGAGGAGCAGGCCAAGUAUUACGAGCUGGCGAGGAAAGAGAGGCAACUGCACCAGCAGCUCUACCCCGGCUGGUCGGCUCGGGACAACUACGGCAAGCGGAAGAAGAGGAAGAGAGAAAAUAAGCCUGACGGCUCACCACAGGAAGAGAGCUUCUCGCCGCCGCAGAGCAAGAAGCCCUGCAUGCCGUACCUGUCCUCCGAGAAGAUGUGCGACAGCCCUACCUCCUCCCACGGCAGCAUGCUGGACUCCCCGGCCACGCCGUCGGCCGCGCUGGCCUCCCCGGCCGCCCCCGCCGCCACCCACUCCGAGCAGGCCCAGCCCCUGUCCCUCACCACCAAGCCCGAGGGACGCUCCCACCACCACCCCCACCACUUCCCCCUGCCGGGCAAAGCCUCCACCAGCAGCUCCUCCUCCUCUUCCUCCUCCUCCACCUCAUCUUCCUCCUCCUUGUCCUCCAUCUCCUCUGCCUCCUCCGGUCACCCCAGCCUCUCGCUCCACCUGGGCUCUGCUGGGGGCCAGCACGCCUCCCUGCUGUCCCGGCCCAUCCCCUUCACCUCCCUGCACCCCUCCAUGCUCUCUCCAGGCUCUCCCUACCACCAGGCAGCUCUGCACUCCCACCAUGCCCUGCUACAGACACAACCCCUCUCCCUGGUUACCAAAUCGUCGGAUUGAAUCAAAAUGUUUUUUGUUUUUGUUUUGUUUUUUUCGUUAUUUUCGACAAAAAAACUUUUUACAGCUGUAUAUUGCUUUUUACCUUUUUAUAGAUAUUAGACCAUUUUUAAAAAUAGUAUGAAAAGGAAUAAUUAUUGGUCAAUAUUUGACCACCCCUCUGUUUUGCUUCUCUCUAUGAAACAAAGUGUAUUUUUUUGUAAAUUGCCAUACGGUUACCUUUUACAAUUGCAUUUCUCCAAUGUUCUCUUUGUAAAAAAGACAAAUGUAUAAAGUUUUCCCCUCCAUCAUUUUUUUAAAAAUGAAAACAAAAUACCAUUUGUAGUUUUUAGUUCAAUCUAAUGGUAGUUAUCAGUUUAGGAGUUAGGAGUGUUCAGUACUGGCUUCCUGUUAUACUUUUGUGAACCACCUCACCCUUUCCCUAACCCUGUGUGUGUGACUCUCCUAAGACUCCAUAGAUAAUAAACCUCAAGUUAUUUCUAAA